AUUUUUGACAUUGACAUUUGAGACUGGCAAGACUUUCGCUCUACGUUUGCUUAUGGUUCUUUUUGAUAAGUUGUAACCAUGGCGCGUGUACCACCGCCCGCGUUGAAGAAGGACAAGAAGGAGAAGAAGCCUCCUAAAGAUAACUCUAAGAAUGUUAUGCGAAACCUUCACAUCAGGAAACUCUGCCUGAACAUCUGUGUCGGAGAGUCUGGUGACAGGCUGACUCGUGCUGCUAAGGUGUUGGAACAGCUCACUGGUCAACAGCCAGUGUUUUCAAAGGCCAGGUACACUGUACGAUCCUUUGGUAUCCGUCGUAAUGAAAAGAUUGCAGUCCACUGUACAGUCCGUGGUGCCAAGGCUGAAGAAAUCCUUGAGAGGGGUCUUAAAGUCAGGGAAUACGAGUUGAGACGUGACAACUUUUCUGCCACAGGCAACUUCGGAUUUGGUAUCCAAGAACACAUUGACUUGGGCAUCAAGUAUGAUCCUUCCAUUGGUAUCUAUGGUCUGGACUUCUACGUUGUACUUGGACGACCAGGAUUCAAUGUAGCUCACAGAAGACGCAAGACCGGCAAAGUUGGGUUCCCCCAUCGUCUUACAAAGGAGGAUGCCAUGAAGUGGUUCCAACAGAAAUACGAUGGUAUCAUCCUUAACAGCAAAAAGUAAACUUAAGUAAACAAAAUUUCAAAAGA